AUGGAUAAUAAACUGCAGUUACCAAUGUAUUUACAAGUAAAAGAAAGAUUUGAAGCUGCAAAAAAAAUUUCUCCAACUAAUUGGCAGAAUUUGUUCAGGAUUGAAAAUCUUUUGAUUCGUAACAUAUUGUCAGAAUUUUUUGCUACCGGUUUUCUUCGAUUUAUAGGUACCGGUGCAUCUAUCUGUUAUGUAAUUGGCCUAUACAACUAUUUCCAAAUGAAUUUUGUUUGGGGUAUGGGAGUUGUAAUGGCAAUUUUUUUGGCUUGGAAUACAUCCGGUUCACUGUUAAAUCCAGCGUUGUCGAUACUUAGUUGGUUAUGUGGUCGAGUUGAACUGGUUCACGCUUUCUGGUAUUGUUGUGCACAAUUUUUUGGAGCAUUUGUUGGUACAGCUUUGUGCUAUAGUGUUCAUUAUGAAGCAAUCAGAAAUUUUACUGCUGGCGUUUUUUCGGCAUCUGGAAAAAAUAUUAGCACCGGUGUAAUGUUUGCAUCAUUUCCGGCUGAACAUGUAUCCAACUUUGGAGCUUUUGCUGAUAUUGUCACCGGUACUGCACUGUUGGCAAUUUUUGUAACAUUUUUCAACGAGAAAAAAAACAAUAUUGCACUCAGUGUACAACCAGUCCUCUAUGGUAUGGUUUGUACAGCAAUAAGCAACAGUUAUGGUCUGAAUACUGGCGCAGCAAUCAAUCCAGCUCUAGAUUUCAGUGCACGAAUUUUUGCUGCAUCAAUUGGCUAUGGAACUGAUAUGUUUAUAUAUCAUAAUUAUUAUUUUUGGAUACCAAUUGUAGCACCAUUUUUUGGUGCAUUAAUUGGAUGUGCGUGUUAUCAAAUAUUUAUUGGUUAUCAUUUGACAGAGUGA